AGAAGGGCAAUAGUCUAGUCUUUGUCUAACUUGGUCUGCCAUAGUUGUUUCGUAACACAACUCAGGUUGUUAUUUAUUCUGAUCCAUUUGUAUUUACAUCAGGAAUUUUGAACUUUUAGUAAAUUAACUAUACCGCUAAUUAUAGUGUCGUUCUUGUGAGUUAGUAGUGACAAUUCAAGAUGCCUAAUAAAAAUAACCGAAUGAAGAAUAAAAAUAUGGGUUAUUAUGGCCAUAAUGAACAUGAUGACCGGGUACCUUUUACAUCAGAGAGCACAAGGAGAGUCUCUUUCAAAAAUUAUGGUAACAACCGUUUUAAAAAUUAUCGUCAAAGAGGUAGAGAUGACAAAAUGCGAGCUGCACUUGCCAUCGAUGAUGAUGUGGAAAUGAUGAUUGGAAAUGAUGCUGGAAAUUACCACCGUGGUAGAUAUCAAGGAGGUUAUCAAAUGAGAGGAGUGUACUCCAAGAGAAGGAGAGGUGGUGCCAGACUAGAUUCUCCGGUACCUGGUAGAAAACUCCCAGAAAGUCAAUUACAGUGGUACAAAGUCACGAUUCCAGAAGGACAUAAGUAUGAACGGAGUUAUUUGCUGGGACUCAUCCAAAGUUACAUCAAGCCUUUCACAUUGACAGCAUAUGGUUACAAGACACAAGGAGACAGUAUAUGUUUUUAUGUAGACGACUACAAGACAGCACAACAGAUUCUGUACGCAGACAGAAAAAUCACAACUUCUGAUAGUUGGAGGUUGGCAUUGAUCGUCAGGGCCAACAUACCUCAGGUUGACAUCAACGACAGUAUGAGGGCACUGAUGAAGCUAGCCAUGGCCAGCCGUUACAAUGCUGUCAAUAAGGCUCUGGACCUCAGCAAGUUCCAUACUGAUCCAGUUAUAACAAAGGAGGAUGUCUUUUGCCCACUGAAUCGAACCAAUGUGAUGACAGCGGCAAUACAGAUUAUUGCAGACAGUAUACCAGACCUCUUGGCCCUCAACUUGUCAGAAAACAAGCUGACGGCGGUAGACUGCCUCAAGAUACUGAAGACCAGCACACCCAACCUCAAAGUACUGCACAUUGGCAAAAAUAAUAUUCGGUCCAUGUCCCAGUUUGAUUCGUUCCAAGGUUUAUCUGUGGAGGAACUAGAACUGGACGGCAACCCUUUGUGUGAUCUAUUUCGGGACAAGGAGUCUUACAUCAGGGAGGUUCAGAAGAGAUUUCAGAAAGUGAUCAAGCUGGACGGAACUGAAGUGCCACGCAUGAUCACGUUCAACGUAGAGGAGGAGAUCGCAUUGGUGCAAUCACAGGGCAGUUUUGUGUGUGACCCAGCCGCAGCCAACGUGAUCAGGCCAUUCCUCCAGCAGUACUACAGUCUGUAUGACAGCGACACCCGUGCACCGUUACUAGAUGCGUACCACGAGGACGCACAGUUCAGUCUGGCCUGCUCUCAUCAGAAUACCGCCACCAACACCAUGGCACCGUACCUGCAGGACAGUCGUAAUCUCCUGGUCGUCAACAACGCCGAGAAGAGAAAAAGGCUGCUUAGACGUGGCAGAGCUAACAUUCUAGCGUACCUGACGUCGCUGCCUAAAACUCAGCACGAUCCCGCAACGCUUACUGUCGACUGUUCCAUCUACAGUCCAUCAAUUAUCAUGUUAACUGUGACUGGAGUGUUCCGAGAAGUGGGAGAGAGGAAGUAUCCUCUGAGAUCGUUCCAUCGCUCGUUUGUUAUCGUUCCUGUCGGCUCAGGCUUUUGCAUCAUCAAUGAGUUGCUCCACAUCACGCCCGCCACUUCAGACCAAGUCAAGGGAGCAUUCAAAACAGCUGAGACUGCAGCUGCUCCCCCACCCGUUGCACCCACUGCCCCUGUGGUACCCCCUCCAGUCCCUGCAGUGGUACCAGCGGUAGUGCCAGUUGAAGUGGACAUCGCCACUAAGCAGCAAAUGGUCACCACUCUUGCCACACAGUCUGGAAUGAACCUCACAUGGGCUGAGAAGUGUCUAAGCGAGAAUGGUUGGGACUUCAACCGCGCAGCGUUUGUCUUCAGUGAACUUCAGAAGCAAGGGAAAAUUCCAGCCGAGGCUUUCAUUAAAUGAAGUAUAAACCCAAAUUUCGUAUGUUAACUGUAUUUUUGUAAUUUUCCUAUUGGAGAAUCUUACAGUAAAUCAAUUUGGGAUAAUCUGUGUAAAUAGUCAUUUAUUUUAAGUGAAACUUUUAGUUGUAACUGUAGACUUAGGUUUGUAUAAAGUGUACAAUGUAGAAUAUGUCUUGUUUUAUUUAUUUUCUGUCAGUUAUUCUUUAUCCAAUGGUUUGUGUUUUCACAAAUUGUCUUCUGCAUAAUUAUUGCAGAACUAUGCUGUAAUGUAUGUUUGCUUUCUUGUAGUUACAUUCCAUUGUAUUUUGCUUUCAUUGCAUAAAACAUUUUGUUACAGUUUA